AUGCCACCCACGCGUCCGGCCACAACAGGCUACGAGCGCCUUGCCCAGGCCGACCAGUUCAGCGACGACAGCGAUGUCGAAGAUCCCCUCGGCGCCAGCUUCGCCAGCCUCCAGCCCCCAACGGCCCCUCGAUAUGCACCCAUCUCGGCUCCCCGGCCGCACAGCGGCAUGGUGACGCCGCGCGGCCAGUCCAACCGUGCUGGAGGAGGAGGAGGAGGAGGAGGAGGCGGUGGCGGCGGCGGAAGCAGCGGAAUCCGGCUGUCCGGGCGGCGGGCUGGCAUGCGGCCUCGGUCCAACUCGGGCGUGGACCUCAAGGCCAUCAACGCGCGGCUCGAGAAGUGGGCGGACGAGAUCGCGGCCAAGUUCAAGCGCGGCCGGCGGAGGGGCGUCGACGGCCCGGACGAGGACCAGCCGCUCGAGAUCCACCACUCCGUCUUCCAGGCGCCCGAGGGCGUGCGGCCGGCGACGGCCGAAGGCCUGGCGGCGGCGCCCUUGCCGGAGGGGGCCAUGCGGCGGGACGAGUUCGAGGCCGUGGUGGAGAGCGUGCGGAUAGCGAUUGGGCAGGGGAUGCACCCGCGCAUGAUCUCGCAAGGCAGCUCUGGCAGCUACUUUGCGCGCAACCCAGAGGGCAAGGUCGUCGGGGUGUUCAAGCCCAAGGACGAAGAACCCUAUGCGGCGGGCAAUCCCAAGUGGAACAAAUGGAUACACAGAAACUUGUUUCCGUGCUGUUUCGGCCGGGCUUGCCUCAUUCCGAACUUAUCAUAUGUGAGCGAAGCAGCGGCCUAUGUACUUGAUGCACAGUUGAGGACGAACCUGGUACCAUACACCGAUGUCGUAUACCUUUCCUCCAAAUCUUUUCAUUACCCCUUCUGGGACCGCUACGCGCAUUCCAGAAGCCGGAAGCCCUUGCCUGACAAGCCCGGCAGCUUCCAAGUCUUUCUCAAAGGGUUCAAGGACGCAAACAUCUUCCUCCGUGAGCACCCAUGGCCGGACCAGUACCUCUCGGGCUUCAGGACGAAUGAUACCCAUCGGCACCGCAAGAAGAGAUGGGCGGAUAACUGCCGCCCAACCAGUCGGCGCGCUGGUAAUGAUGAUGACAGCGAGGACGAAGGGCUCGAUAACAGCCCUAGUAUGACGCCGGGACCAGGCAAUUUCAUGUGGACCGAGACUCUCAAGCAGGCUUUCCGAGAGGAGCUCGAGAAGCUGGUCAUUCUGGAUUACAUCAUGAGGAACACAGACCGCGGGCUCGACAACUGGAUGAUCAAGGUUGACUGGCAGACACAGGAGGUGUCCAUCACCUCAGAACCCAUGCAUCUGAACAUGGGCACCCAUGAUGGCGAGGAGGCACCGAGGCCGGUAGACUUGUCUCAGAGAGGACCAGCGCAGACUCGUUCGUCCUAUCCCUACCGGGCUCAGAAGCCUAUGGAUGCCUCUACCCCAGUAGCAGGUGGUGGCGGGCCUGGACCUAAGAUCAGCGUCGGCGCCAUCGAUAACUCCUUAUCGUGGCCAUGGAAACAUCCCGAUGCUUGGAGGAGUUUCCCGUUCGGCUGGCUGUUCCUGCCUGUCGACCUGAUCGGCCGGCCUUUCUCCCAGAAGACAAGAGAGCACUUCCUCCCCCUACUGACUUCUACAGCGUGGUGGUCUCGGACGCAACUGGCAUUGCGGAAAGUCUUCCAGAUGGACCCGGACUUCAAGGAGCGCAUGUUUGCCAAACAGAUUGCCGUCAUGAAGGGACAGGCAUGGAACGUCGUCGAGACGCUCAAGACGCCGGACCACGGCCCCUUGGAGCUGACGCGCCGUGCCAAGGUCUGCGUGUGGGACGACCUGGUCGAUAUCCCCAUCGCCGUCCCUAUGAGGGCCACCAGCGCAGAGAUGCGCCGCCAAGCCCACGAGGAGUACGGCAAGAGCAUCGACGAAGAGGAAGAGAUGGACAUCGGCGCCAGCGCGGGCGAUGCCAACCCCAGCUCCGCCCCGGCCGGGGACCUCCUAGGCCUCGCGAGCCCGCCUGCGGACCUACCCCACCCGGGACGGUUCGAGAUCGCCAGCCCGACUGCGGAGUAUGCGCGAUCGCCGAGCGAAGACGAGCAGCGCGCCGCCAACGGGUCCCUGUCGCCGAGCGACCGGCGCGGCGCUGGCAAGGCCCUGGGCUCGUCGCCGGAGCAGUCGCGGCCCCGGCUGCCCCGUACCUCGAUCGGGGCCAGCUACUCGGGCCCGCAGCGCUCGCUCAACAUGUACACGCCGCACAGGGAGCGGCGGUACAGCUUCGCCACCACGGCGGCCACGAGGCGCAACAGCAACAGCAUCGCCCAGCACCUCUACGCUGGGAGCGGCAGCGGUGGCAGCGGUGGCAGUGGUCGUCGGACGUCGGUCGACUACUACGACGACGACCUCGAGGGCGACCUUGGGUAUGCGGCGGCGGAGGGCAUGGAGGGGAACCACCGCAAGGUCAUCGUCGAGAGGCUCGAGCCGGUCAAGAGCAAGAACCCCGUGUUCACGUGGUGCUAG